ACAAGAAGGAUGGAGAAUUCUCUGGAAAAAUCCCUCCCAUCACAGCCUUCCCUCUUUUUUCACCAAGUACACACUUGGCCACUAUACAAGUUUUGGUGAAAUUUGAUCAACUUGAAUCCUUAAACAACGAGACAAGGCGGUUUUCUGUAGAGAGUUGCUUCCUGAAUGGAGCUUGGAGCUACAUGCAGAACAAGUAGGUCUACUUCAUAUGAGAGGCUGGUGGUAAUAGGCUUGGCUCUUCUAGCUGUGCUUUCUCCUCUCUAUAUUGACCGGAAACUGGAAAGUGAUGAAGAACCUGAGGAGGAGCCCUUCAGUCUUGUUUCUUGGUUGCCUCUGCUGCUCUUGGUGUUGAUCUUGGCCAUUGUUUUGUCGCAUUACUUAGAUCAGAGCUGUAGCAGGUUUGAUCCUUAUUGGAUUCACAGAGUUGGUGGCUCUUCUUGUGGUAUCAUUUUGAUUCUCUUGGUGCUUAUACUGGUUUUGAAGUGCAAAGGUUUUGUAAAGAACUGGGAGGCCUGGCUUAAAUGAGAGAGAGAAAGAGAAAGUCUCAAAGAUUUGGCGUGAUGCUGUGUUUGAGGAAAACGAAUAAGCAGCUUCUCAGUUUGGGGUUAAAAUACUUUUUGUAUCUUUUCAGAUAUAAGA